AUCGGCGCCGUAAAUACCAUCAUAGCUUCCGUCGUCGUCGACUUCUUCUCUUCUCCCGUCCUGUCUUUCUUGACUCUUCAUUGCAACUUUAUAUCCUCCAUAUCCCGACGGAUUAUCAUCUAUUUUAAUCAACAACCACUACCCCAAUAAUUCACAAUGGCCGGCGGACACGACGAAGAUCUGAUGCCCGAGGACAACUCGGGCUACAAGCUCUCUCAGCCCAAGCAGUCCUUGGCUGAGUACCACAAGAUGGACGAGAACGACGAGUCCCUCAAGCGCUACAAGGAGUCCCUCGGCCUCGGCGGCGGCAACGACCUGUCCGACCCCAACGACCCGCGCGUGUGCAUCAUCCACUCGCUCUCCAUGGAGUCCCCCGGCCGGGAGCCCGUCGUGAUCGACCUGUCUACGCCCGGGUCGCUGGAGGACCUCAAGAAGAAGCCCUUCACCAUCAAGGAGGGUGCCAAGUUCACCAUGAAGGCCCAGUUCAAGGUGCAGCACGAGAUUUUGAGCGGCUUGCACUACGUCCAGACGGUCAAGCGCGGCAAGAUCAGGAUCCCCGGUGGCAAGACGAGCGAGAUGAUUGGCAGUUAUGCGCCCAACACGGAUAAGAAUCCCAUGUACACCAAGACUUUCGCCGAGGAGGAGGCCCCCACUGGUAUGCUCGCCCGUGGCAACUACAACGCCGUCUCUCGCUUCGUCGACGACGAUGGCAAGACCCAUCUCGAGUUCGAGUGGAGCUUCGAUAUUGCCAAGGACUGGUAAACUACUUUCGGGUUUAGAUCGCCGUCAUCGUCGUCUAGUUUCUCGCCCUAAGCUAGCCGGUCACUCAGUCCAGCUAGUCAGCCGCAUCGGAUACACACAUACACUUCGCUGUUGGCAUACUGUGACGAACUGCUGUGCCCUCGGUUGAUUUCGUGGGCAAAGAGGGAUGCGCCAUUCGCGAACGAGGAGCGAACUCGAUAGAGGAUGAAGAUGAAAUUAAUCAUACUGAGGAAAGAAGACUAAACACGCGCUUCCUCCCUGUUUCGAAGAUAAAGAAACAGGGAGAAAGAUACACUACACUACCGGAACUCGACAAGGGAAAGGAAGGUAGAAACACACCGACGUCUGUUUCACCUUAUCUAGGUAUGGGACUGGAAAGGCAAGCGAACGGAACGGAAUGGAAUCUGGGCCACAGGAUGGUUUGGUCGUUUAGGGUAUACGCCCCCCUUUCCGGGCAGGAGGGAAGGGGAAGAGGAGAAAACUUCCUUAUAUUUAUCUACAUACAUACACAUCUUAUCUUAGUAGUAUAAACACACAUAACUCUCACAUACGCAAUUCAGGUGUUGCGGUUUCUCUUGUCUGUUAUGAAAAAGAUCGGAGGGCUUGCUUGUUAGUAGAG